UUUCACUUCAACACAACAGACUAGUUUUCUGUUCAGUUCAGCAAAAGCUGUCAUGGGUUUUCUUCUUGCGUCUCUGUGUGUGGUGCACCUGCUGCUCUUAGAAGCUGAUGGGACAAGCGCUGAGACAGAACCUUUCUACCCAUUUGGCCUUAACAACGGAGACACACAGUAUGACUACAAUAGUUAUUAUUACAACUAUGGACAUUAUUUUCAGAUUCAGCCAGAAACUAGUUUUCCAUUUUUUGGAGGCAAAUACUAUCUGAUAAAUAUUUACAUGCAAGGGUUCUUGACCCUCGGACAAACUUCAGACUACUAUUAUCCUAUCCAAUUCCCAAGCUAUUCUAGAAAUGACUUCAUUGCUCCAUUUUGGACCACCUGGAACAAUGGUGUAAAUGGUGCACUCUUCUACCGUGAAGUGACCAGUGGGAGUGUCCUACAAGAGGUCACGAGUGACAUAAACCAGUACUACCCUCAACUGAAUUUCAGCGCCGCCUGGGCCUUCAUCGCCACAUGGAACUGGACGAAAUAUGACUCAGCAGCUCCCCCUGAAGCAACCUUCCAGGUGGUUCUGGUCACAGAUGGGACUUUAUCAUUUGUUCUGAUGAACUAUGGUAACCUGUCUGCUACUUCAGAUGUCCAGGUGGGAUAUGACACAAUGAAUUCGACCAAUUAUUUCAGCAUGCCUGGAUCAUUCCAAAGCAACAUUACCAACUUGUCUUUCACCAGUAAUGUCAAUGUAAAAGGUCGUUGGGUGUUUCGCACUGAUUACUGUUACAAUAACUGUCUGUUCCAAGAUGACUUUUACCCUUAUGGCCCAAACAAUGGAGAUUCACUGAUCCCACCUGUGAAUGAUGGAAAUUCCUCCGUGAUCCUAUUAACUGAGACUCUCCAGUUUUUUGGAACAGAAUACAACAAACUUUAUGUGAAUAACAAUGGUUUCCUGACCUUUGGCCAAGCAGUGAGCAGUCCCUACUCUUCGAUGUUUCGGUCUGGCUACGAUAUCAUUGCUCCUUUCUGGAGUAACUGGAACACCACAAAAAGUGGCGUCAUCUCUUACCGUCAAGCGACCAGUGGCAGUGAUCUCCAACAGGCCACCAGUGACAUAAACCAGUACUUUCCUCAGCUGAACUUCACUGCUACCUGGGUCUUCAUUGCCACAUGGGAUAAUGUGGCCUUCUACAACAUGGACACAGAAACCUCUUUCCAGGUGGUUCUGAUUUCAGAUGGAGAUCAAUCUUUUGUACUAAUGAACUACGGGAGAAUCUCUUCUGUGAUUUCAAGUAUGCAGGCUGGCUUUGUCACUGCAGACUCAAUGAUUUACUUCAAUAUGAUGGAAUAUAGCUCAUACACAGAUCUAACUUUCAGCAGCAAUGUCAAUGUUAAAGGGCGCUGGGUCUUUCAAACCAACAUCAAUUAUGAAAAAGGACCAUUUCUUCCAUUUGGCACCAACAAUGGAGAUACACAGCAAUACAUUCCAAGUUAUUACUACGGCUAUUAUUAUUCGUAUUAUUAUUAUAGUUAUUAUUCUCAGACUGGAACACCCAUUAAUUUUCCCUUCUUUGGUGGCAAAUACUAUCAGCUAUAUAUUUACCCCUAUGGCUACUUGACCUUUCCUCAGAAUGUUUACACAACACCUGUCCAGUUCCCAACCUAUUCUAGAAAUAAUUACAUAGCUCCUUUUUGGUUGCUCACUGAUUACACACAAAGCGCCGUGGUCUCCUACCGCCAAGUGACCAGUGGCAGUGUCCUUGAACAGGCCACUAGUGAUUUACACCAGUACUUUCCUGAGCUGAACUUCACCGCUACCUGGGUCUUCAUUGUCACAUGGAACGUGAUGGAAUAUUACCCAACAAUGGGCAACAACACAAUCUUUCAGGUGGUUUUGGUCUCUGAUGGACAUUUAUCUUUCAUCAUGAUGAAUUAUGGAAACCUUGCACCGAAAACUCAGAGUGUCCAGGUUGGAUAUGACACCAUUAAUUCAACUAAUUAUUUCAGCAUGCCCGAGUCUUUUGAAAGCAACAUCACCAGCUUGUCUUUCACCAGUAAUGUGAAUGUAACAGGUCGUUGGGUGUUUCGCACUGAUUCCUGUCCUAAUAAUUGUCUGCUCCAAGAAAACUUUUACCCAUUUGGUCCAAACAAUGGAGACACAGUGAACCCAGCUGCGGAUGAUGAAAGUUCUUCUGUUAUUCUCUUAAAUGAGACUUUUCAGUUCUUUGGAUCAGUCCAUAAUCAACUUUAUGUGAACAACUAUGGUUUCCUGACCUUUGACCAACCAGUGAGCAGCUCUUACUCUUCGAUGUUUGGGUCUGGCUAUGAUACCAUUGCUCCUUUAUGGAGUUACUGGAACACCACAAAAAGUGGCGUCAUCUCUUACCGUCAAGUGACCAGUGGCAGUGAUCUCCAACAGGCCACCAGUGACAUAAACCAGUACUUUCCUCAGCUGAACUUCACUGCUACCUGGGUCUUCAUUGCCACAUGGGACAGCGUGGCCUAUGGCAACAUGGACACAGAAACCUCUUUCCAGGUAGUUCUGAUUUCAAAUGGAAAUCUCUCUUUUGUACUGUUGAACUAUGGGCGAAUCUCUUCUGUGAUCUCAAAUAUGCAGGCUGGAUUUGUCACUGCUGAUUCAAUGAUUUACUUCAGUAUCCUGGAUCAAAUUUCAUACACAGACCUAACUUUCAGCAGCAACAUCAAUGACGGAGGUCGCUGGGUCUUUCAGUUAAACAUGAAUUAUACCAAAGGACCUUUCUACCCAUUUGGCACAAAUAAUGGAGAUACACAGCAAUUCUGGAAUUAUUAUUAUUACUUUUAUUAUUAUUAUUAUUAUCACUAUUAUUAUUCAAGUCAGAGUCAGACAAACAAUUUUCCCUUCUUUGGUGGCAAAUAUUAUCAAACAAUUGUUUAUGGUAAUGGGCUCUUGAGCUUAGGAUCAGUAUUAGCCACCUCUUACCCUGCCACCAUCCCAACCUAUUCAAUAAAUAAUAUCAUUGCUCCUUUCUGGAUGGACAUUAACAGUCUCCAAAGAGGUGUGAGCAGCUUCCGUGAAGUGACCAGUGGCAGCAUCCUCCAACAGGCCACUAGUGACAUAAACCAUUACUUUCCUGAACUGAACUUCAAUGCUACCUGGGUCUUCAUUGCCACAUGGAACUGGCCGGAAUAUCAACCAGCAAUGGACAAUGACAUCAUGUUCCAGGUUGUUCUGGUCUCAGAUGGGAAUAUGUCAUUUGUCAUGAUGAACUAUGGAAACCUUGCCCCAAUUAGUGAAAAUGUCCAGGUUGGAUAUGACUCAUUAAAUUCAUCAAAUUACUUCAGUAUGGCCGAAUCAUUCCAAGGCAACAUCACCGACUUGUCUUUCACGAGUAAUGUCAACACAUCGGGUCGCUGGGUGUUUCGCACCGAUUACUGUCUGAAUGAUUGUCUCUUCCAAGAAAAUUUCUACCCAUAUGGGCCCAGUAAUGGAGACACAGUGAACCCAAGUGUGGAUGACGGAAGUUCCUCUGCUAUCCCCUUAAUUAAUAUGUUUCCAUACUUUGGAAAACCAUACAACCAACUUUAUGUGAACAACAAUGGUUUCCUGACCUUUGAUCAACCAGUGAGCAGUCCAUACUCUUCAAUGUUUCAGUCUGGCUAUGAUGUCAUUGCUCCUUUAUGGAGUAACUGGAACACCACAAAAAGUGGCAUCAUCUCUUACCGUCAAGUGACCAGUGGCAGUGAUCUCCAACGGGCCACAAGUGACAUAAACCAGUACUUUCCUCAGCUGAACUUCACUGCUACCUGGGUCUUCAUUGCCACAUGGGACAGUGUGGCCUUCUACAACAUGGACACGGAAACCUCCUUCCAGGUGGUUCUGGUCUCAAAUGGGGAUCUGUCCUUUGUACUGUUCAACUAUGGUCGGAUCUCAGAUGUAAUUUCAUAUGCAGAGGCUGGCUAUAACACAGCAGAUUCAGCACACCACUACAAUAUAUUGAGCUCUACUUCAAUCGCAGGGUUGACUUUCAGCAAAAAUGUCAAUGUCAAUGGUCGCUGGGUGUUUCAGACAGAUGGCAGCUGUGUCAAAGGUAACAUUUUUACCUAA